UCAUCAGCCCUAAGCAAACUUCAGGCAAGAUGAACAAAGUGUAAUUGAAGCUGUGUGAAAACUUUCCUCCACUCCGUGGGGAGCUCGAACUGAGAGAUCAGAGCGACUCGAGACACUUUCUAUCAGUGAAACAAUGAGGGAAUUCCUGACAAUUAGUUUCUGUUUCCUUUCGGUUUGUGGGACAUGCGGCCAGGAGGAGCCGAAUGGCAUGUGGAGACAGAUGAUCCGGUGGGCGAAUAACGGGCAGGUGUACAGUCUAUUAAACAGCGGUGCAGCUUACCGGCCCCCGGGCCAGCGGAGCGGAGUGCAGUCGCCUGCCCAAAGCAUCUACCUGAGCACAGCCACCGCCAGGGAGAGCAGCCCCAGCUGGGAACAGAGCCGGCUCUCCCGGGGACCCGGCAGGGCACUCAGUCCCCGCCAGCAAAAUCCCAGAGCCCGGUCUCAAAGCGAAGGGCGGCAGCCCCGGGACAGGGAGCCCCUGUCCCUCCGCCAGCAGCAGCGAGGGGCCGUCGGCCAUUCGGCUGAGAUGCAAGGGGACGAUCCGCGGAGUCAUUUCAAGAACGGCAAUAGCGUGUUUUACAACGUCUACAGCUCAACCCCCAGGCAAUCCCGAGCCAUGGUCCGCCGAAGGAUUGGUCUGGGGACCAACUACUUCCAAAACGGGCUUCCUGACCUGGUUCCUGAUCCAUAUUACAUUCAAGCUUCCAUGUAUAUCCAAAGGAUGCAUAUGUAUGCAUUGAGGUGUGCAGCUGAAGAGAACUGCCUCUCAAGGUCUGCCUAUAGUCCCAGAACAAGUGACCUCAGUAUUAGGGUGCUUCUACGGUUUCCUCAAAGAGUCAAAAAUCAAGGGACUGCUGACUUCCUCCCAAAUAGGCCACGCCAUACCUGGGAAUGGCACAGUUGUCAUCAGCACUAUCACAGUAUGGAUCAGUUUAGCCAUUACGAUCUGUUACAGGCCACCACACAGAGGAAAGUAGCUGAAGGACACAAAGCUAGCUUUUGUCUAGAAGACACUAUGUGUGACCCUGGCAUCCGAAGAAGAUAUGCAUGCACAGCACAUACUCAGGGAUUAGGUCCUGGUUGUUAUGAUACAUACAAUGCAGAUAUUGACUGCCAAUGGAUUGAUAUAACAGACGUCGCUCCCGGCAACUAUGUACUGAAGGUUUCAGUGAAUCCAGGAUUCCUGGUCCCAGAAUCUGUAAUGACGAACAAUGUGGUCAGGUGUGAUAUUCUUUACACUGGGAGUUAUGUGUCAGCUAGGAACUGCCGAAUUACAAGAUACUAAGGAUGACACUUUGAUGUCAAAUGGUGAAUUGCUGGACUCCAAAGUUGGUUAGAAGUGUGUAUAUUCUCAGAAUUUUUGCUUGUUCAGUUUUGUGAUUGCAUUUAACAGCUUUGUGGAGAAAGUCUGUGAUUUUAGUUCUGCUUAGGGCCUACAAUAUCGUGUUACCAAUGUAGAAUAAUUGUUGCAUGUCAGCAGGGAACUUUGUGACAAUUCUAAUACAAUUUUGCAACCACCAUGAUAUUCCAAUUCCUGUUUCUUUCCCUACCUUUCAUUCCCUUCCCAAUAUCGUUCUUCUGAAACAAGACCUGAAUCAAGCACAUCUUGCUGAGUAUGGAAAAUAUAACUUUGCUGGGAUUAUCAAUUACAUAUAUAUUUCUACCAUUUUGUAACAUAGUUCCUUGAGUAUCUAAAAUUUUAUAUACUGUAGGAUGAUGAUGGAGGGAAGUUCAAGAUUUCUUUUAAGGAGAUAGAUUAAUAUACUUAAGACCUGAUAAAAUUCUCAGGGCACUGCAACAUGGUUACAGCACAGGUGGAGUUGAUUCAGCCAAUAUCUGAUCAGUUCUCUGCAAGAGCAAUUUAUCUCAUCCCACUCUCCUGUCUUUUAUUUCCCUGUAACCCUGCAAAUCUACAGAUACACAAUUUUUUUUUAAAGAAGGUAUUGAUUGAAUCUAUUUCUACACUCAGGCAUUGCAUUCCAGUUUCUAAUGACUCACUACAUAAAAAAGCUGCUUCUCUUAUCAAUGAGGCUUUUUCCUUCUACUCACCUUAAACUGAUCUCCUUUGGUCUGCGGUAACAAGGUGUAGAGCUGGAUGAACACAACAGGCCAAGCAGCAUCAGAGGAGCAGGAAAGCUGACGUUUCAGGUCAAGACCCUUCUUCAGAAAAUCCUUUGGUCUGCAAUCCUUUUGCCAAUGGGGACAGUUUCUCUCUUUCCUCUGUCUAAACACCGCAUUAUUUUAAACACUUACAACAAAUCUCCUCGUAAUUGUUUCUUCAAGAAGAACAGCUUCAAUUUCCCAAUCUAUCCACACAGUGAAGUCUUCUUGGAUUGUCUGUGGUACAACUUUGAUUUCUCAUGGAGAUUGGAGAGAAGAAUUAUCAGAUGUUGCAUUGUCCUGAAAUGGUUCUCAGUUAUCUUAUUUCUUCCUUGAUUUAACAAUUUAGAACUGUUCUCUUGAACUUUUUCCUCCCUUUCUCCUAUAAUCAUGAAGCUUUUACAACUCAAGAUUUGUAUUAAUUGAUUCUUUUCCCGAUUUAUUUCCUGUUAGCUCACAUGUCUUAUAUUAUGAAUCUUUAACCUCUACCUGGGCUUUUCAAUUUGAAUAAAAUUAUAUUCUAGUUAAUUUUUAUAUUGGACAAUCUAUACCCAUCAAGUGCUAUUAGAAUCUGCUUUUAUAGAAACAAGAUCCGAAUUCUUUGAGCCUUUAAUCCAAACUCAUUGAGAUUUAAAAACAAAUGCACUUUAUAUUUGUGCCAUAAUUUCAUGACUAGGAGGUUAAACCUGAAACAAGGAACAUAGUUUUCUCGUGAUGGAGGCUUGAGCGAAAUCUGAGCAAACUUUGAGCAAUGAAUGUGGAACAGGCUAAAUGCAGACACAGGUAAUUCUUGACUUUUUUCAGAAGCAGCAGGAUUAGUGUUUUGGAUUGAUUUUGAUGGGUAGAGGAUAAUUAUAGGCUGAGAUGAUAGGCAUGUGAUGAAGCUUUCUUUGCUGAAAUAACUCAUUAUACCUAUGAGGUUUCUGGCAGCGGACCAAGGUUAUUAGUGAUUGUGUUAUAAAGGAUGAUAGUGUGUGUCAGGCAAUAGGGAUCCUUCCUCCGAAAGGAAAUUGUAAACUGCAGUUGAUUUUUUAAAUGUAAAAAUUAUGACUGGCAUGACAUUAAAGCAAAUAGAUUACAUUGAAACAGCCAGGGAAGGAUGAGAGAUACUGUAUUUUAACAUUAGUAAACAUGACUAGCUAUCAAAUGUCCCCUUUUUUAAACAAUAGUUUGCUUAUGUCCUGCUAAAAUUUAGGUCCCCAGACAUGGAUUUAUUUUUGUAAGGACUCUUCUCCUGAAUUUUAUAUUUUAAUUUUGCACUGAGACUUCAAAUGUCUGAAGGCCACUGUUAUGUUUGCACUAAGGGCAGAGGUCUGCGUUGAACUCCCACUGUUCACGAAGACAAAUAAACAUGAGGCAGAUAGAAAGAAACAAGUAAAUGAGUUUGAAAAGUUCUGAAUUUCAGAUUUUGGAAACCCAGUUAAUUAGUGGGAUGAAUAUUAUGUGUGAAUGUCAAAAUAUAAAUUUCAGAAAAAUACAUAAACUGGAAAAGUCUGUUUGAUUAAAUUUUGUGAAACAGUUCUUAAUAUUUAAGACCUUUGAUGCCUUGAAAUUUAGGUUCAAAAAGCUUACUGAAGCCCUGUAUAUGCUGUUUCCAAAUUAUUCCAGAAUUCCUCUGAAAGUUGCUUUGGACUUUUAAUGAAGUAUUAUUAAGACCACCUAUUGAGCAAACUAUUUAAUAUUUUAGACUGAUUUGAAACAUAUUCACAAUUCAUAAAUCAUAAUCUUUUCAUCUUCCUGUUAUUAUGAAAAAUCAUUGCCUCUAGUUUGCUCUAAGCAAUGCUAUAGUAUUUAUAAAUAAACAGUUUGGGUUCCAACUUUUAAUUCCAGCUGCGACAAUAAUGUUUUAUCCUCUUCACGCCAAGAUUAUUUGAGACAUUGUACAACCAUCUAUUACAAAAACAAAGUUGCUGGAAAAGCUCAGCAGAUCUGGCAGCAUCUGUGAAGGAAAAAAAUCAAAGUUAAUGUUUCGGGUCCUGUACGUUCCUGAUUUACAGCAUCUGCAGAGAUAAUGGGAACUGCAGAUGCUGGAGAAUUCCAAGAUAAUAAAAU